UGAUCCGCUCCUUAUCCUGUCUUCACUCACCGCUCCACCCGCAAACAAACAAAACAAACAUUACUCUAUCUCCAAUCUCCCUUCUCCGCCGCGCCACUCAUCGGAAAAUUCAAACCACCGCCGGAGGUUAUGGACGCUCCGGCAAUCGCUGCUGAUCUUGAUUUCCCAAGCAACAACCAUCGCUUGUUUAAGAGCACCAAUCUUCUUAUCUGCUAAAAUUAGCGGUUUCUAGUCAACUACUGCAAAGUUUCGCGUGCAGCUUCUGCAGAGUUUCAGUUUCAGAGAUUAAAUUCGCUUAGAAAUACUAGUAUUUUUCCCUGUUCUGACUCGCAAUUUAAAAUUAAGCUCGUGCUUCGGAGAUGAACAAGACCGAGAGGUGAUACUUGAGAAUUGAGAGACUCUAAUUCUGUUCUGGAAUCGUUAUCGUCAUGCCUUUCACAAUGAAGAUUCAGCCGAUCGAUUCGCCCGUGCCGGAGGAGGCUACUCGGCUUGAGCCGGUGAAGCCGGCGGUGAGGUCGCGCCUGAAGCGCCUCUUCGAGCGCCAGUUCUCCGGCGUCCUCAGGAACUCAUCGGCGGCGGAGAAGAUCGCCUACCCCGCCGAGGAGCCGCCGCAUUCCGCCAAAGACGGCUCCGCUGAUUUCGAGCCGAGCUCGGUGUGUCUGGCGAAAAUGGUGCAGAAUUUCAUGGAAGAGAAUCACGAGAAGCACUCUGUUUCCGUGAAGUGCGCGCGCAGCCGCUACAAUAGCUUCGACGACGCCUCCGACGCCGAAACGCACUCGCUUUUCGGCGAGUCCAAUUAUUCUUUCUCCGGCGAAACACAAGAAAUCCUCAAGGAUUUGGUGACAUGUGCGAGUGUCAGUGAAAGGAAUUUGCUAGCGGACACUACAAAGAUCAUUGAGAAGAAUAAAACAACGUGCAAACGCAAAGACGAUUGUUGCAGAAAGAUCGUUACUGAAGCGUUGUUAGCUCUCGGAUACGACGCUUCCGUAUGCAAAUCUCGCUGGGAAAAAUCAACUUUCUGUCCAGCUGGGGAAUAUGAAUACAUUGAUGUGAUAAUGGGAAAGGAGCGGGUGGUGGUUGACGUUGACUUCAGAUCAGAAUUCGAGAUAGCUCGACCCACCAAGACCUACAAAGCGAUCCUCCAAACGCUGCCUUACGUAUUCGUUGGCACGUGCGAGCGGUUGCAGAGUAUCGUGGCCAUCGCUUCAGAGGCGGCGAAACUGAGUCUGAAGAAAAGGGGCAUGCACGUUCCGCCGUGGAGAAAAGUCGAAUACGUCACCGCGAAAUGGCUCUCCCCUUACACGUGCUCGCGCGGGGUGAAAGAGGAAACAGAAGAGAAAGAGCACCUUGCGAAAGAGUUGGUGGUGUUAUCAACUUCGUGUGGAAGUUUCCGUGAAGAUGAUGAAAAGUCAAAGUCAAAACUCGUGGUUCAGAAUCAGAAGCCACCGGAGAUGAAACCCAAAAGUUCUCAGUCCGGUUUGGCAGCUGUGUUCCUAGAAAACCCAAAAUUUUGAUUUUUUUUCGUUUGUUUCUUUUUUUGGCUUUUUGUUUUUUUUUUAUAUAAAGUUUAAAUUUUCUAGAGUGAGGAUUCAAAAAAGGCUGUAUAAGUAGUUUAGUUCUGUAAUAGCUCUAUCCCCUUCUGAUUUUUAUUGUAAGGGAUGAUGGGUUUUUACUUUUUACUAAUAUGAAUGAAUAAAGUAAAGGUGAAAUGUAUUGGUAGCUAUUUGUAUUUUGCAAGGUUGUGAUGAGAAGUUGAUUCUUUACGUAUUUGAUAA